AUGAAGAGCACCAGGCACUCAUCUGUUCGAUUUUUUCUUUUUGUUGGAGUGGCUAUCUUCAUUGCGUUUGCCAUUAUUUCUGUAGAGGCGAGAAAGCAUCACAACAACAGACAUAAACCUCAUAAGCACCUCAAGGACAAGGGUAGCAAUGGCCAUAAAGCUCCAGAUCCAGCUGCAAAUAUUCCAGUCCCUACUCCAGCCCCUCUUCCUCAUUACGGUUCUUACCCUACUAAAUCCAACAUUUUUGACGUUUUGUCAUUCGGAGCCAAGGGUGAUGGAGUUUCAGAUGAUUCAAAGGCACUUUUAGCUGCAUGGAAAGCAGCCUGCCAGGUGUCUGGGGCUAUAGUGGAAAUCCCAGCAGAAUUCAAGUUCCUCAUCAAGCCCAUAAUUCUCCAAGGUCCAUGCAUGCCUCACCUUGUACUUGAGAUAGAUGGCAUUCUCUUAUCUCCCCCGCGAGUUGGUGCUUGGCCUAAAUCCAGCUUGUUUCAGUGGAUAAACUUCAAAUGGGUUCAUGACUUCACCAUUCAAGGUACUGGAAAAGUUGAUGGUCAAGGAUCUGAAUGGUGGAGUCCCUCUGAAGCCUACUACAUUCAGGCUUUGAGAUUCUACGACAGCCAUAAUAUCACAGUUCGCGACAUCGAAAUCGUGAACAGCCCUCAAUGCCAUCUCAAAUUUGACAGCUCUAGUGGGAUCAAAGUCGAUAACAUUACGAUUAAUUCACCAGAGAUUAGUCCAAAUACUGAUGGCAUUCACCUACAGAACACAAAAGAUGUAGAAAUUGAGCAUUCUAAUAUUGGAUGUGGGGAUGAUUGUGUAUCCAUACAAACCGGCUGCUCUAAUAUUCAUGUCCAUCACAUUAACUGCGGCCCUGGACAUGGAAUAAGUGUAGGAGGGCUCGGAAAGGAUAAAAGUGUUGCGUGUGUCUCGGAUAUUGUUGUAGAGAAAAUCUCGUUACAAAAUACUCUAUCUGGAGUUAGAAUAAAGACAUGGCAGGGAGGUAUUGGAUCUGUAAAGAAUGUGACAUUUUCCAAUAUUGAAGUAUCAGAUGUGAAGUAUCCUGUUAUAAUUGAUCAGUUCUACUGUGACAAGAAAAGAUGCAAGAACCAGACAGACGCUGUGGCAAUAUCUGGUGUUAAAUAUGACAGCAUAAAAGGGAGUUACUCAGUGCAACCGAUUCAUCUAGCAUGUAGCAAUGACGUGCCUUGCACCGGUGUUGAUCUAAUUGAUAUUCAGUUGAAACCCAGCUCAAAUGGUUAUGGAGGUUUUCGACAGGCUUUGUGUUGGAACUCUUAUGGGAAAUCACAAGCACCCCUAGUCCCUUCAAGCAUCGAUUAUUGCUUGAGAACCGAAAGCGGGUCUGUUAAGGGAACUGCAAGGUCUCAUCAUGAACAUAUUUGUUAGCUAAGUAUUUAUAAC